CCGGAGAUCACAAUGAGUCCCCACUCCAUUUCCCACAAUGAAAGGAUUUACAAAGGAGUGCAAUAGACAGGCACAACGUGCUUGCAGAGCUCCCCCAGCAACUAAUUUCCAGGGCGUGACGUCAUCCCCUCUCGGUCCGAGGGAGCCUGCAGAGUUGCAAGCCUCUAUAGAAGGCUCACUCACACAGGGAGAGCAGAAGGGCUAAAAGCUGUCACUGCAGCAACUACACUCAGGCAGCCAUCAGAGACUCUCACUCAUCAAAACUUCUACCCACACCUGCCCGGAGAUUAUGGAUUGGGGAAACUGAGCAGUUCUUGGAUUUUAUCCUCAGAUAUUUAAAGCCUGAACAGGACAUGCGAGAGAGAAAAAUCUAAAUGCUUCCCUGAUGUGUUUUAACAUAGAUAUCAGAUCUGGGAUCUGCGGGAUGUAAAGAUGCUGAACAGCGUUUUGCUGCUGAGUUUUAUAUCAGUGACUGGGAUCUUAAAGACAGAAAGCCGCAAAACUGCCAAAGACAUAUGCAAAAUCCGCUGCUUAUGCGAGGAAAAAGAGAACGUGCUUAAUAUUAAUUGCGAGAAUAAGGGUUUUACUAGCGUCAGUUUGCUUCUGCCUCCGCAGUCCAGGAUAUAUCAGCUUUUCCUCAAUGGCAACUUAUUGAGCAGACUGUAUCCAAAUGAGUUUGUCAACUAUUCCAAUGCAGUGACUAUCCAUUUAGGAAACAACGAACUGCAAGAGAUCAGAGCAGGGGCUUUCAACGGGAUGAAGACCCUCAAAAGAUUGCAUCUCAAUAAUAACAAACUGGAGAUUCUAAAGGAGGAAACUUUCCAGGGCCUUGAGAGUCUAGAAUAUUUGCAAGCAGAUUACAAUUUUAUCAGUGUAAUUGAAACUGGGGCUUUUAGCAAGCUGAAUAAAUUAAAAGUCUUGAUUCUCAAUGACAAUCUUUUGCUGUCUCUCCCCAACAACGUCUUUCGUUUUGUGCUUUUAACUCACUUGGAUCUGAGAGGUAAUAGGCUCAAAAUGUUGCCCUUUGCUGGUGUCCUUGAACACAUUGGCGGGAUUAUGGAAAUCCAGCUAGAAGAGAACCCAUGGAAUUGCACAUGUGAUUUGACCCCACUCAAAGCCUGGUUAGAUACCAUCACAGUUUUUGUGGGAGAGAUUGUUUGUGAGACCCCCUUUAGGCUGCAUGGCAAAGAUGUCACACAGCUAACAAGGCAAGACCUCUGUCCUAGAAAAAGUGCUGGUGACACAAAUCAGAGAUCAGUACAUCCAGCUUUUUCAGAUCCUCGUAUUCAAAGGCUGCCCCCAACUUUUAACCCUGCAAUUACUCCCACUAGAGUUCCCAAGGCCAGCAGGCCUCCUAAAACAAGAAACAGACCCACACCCAGAGUCACUGUAUACAAAGACAGGCAAAUAUUUGGGCCAAUUAUGGUGUAUCAGACCAAAUCUCCAGUCCCCCUUACAUGUCCUGACACUUGUGUGUGCACCUCACAGAGUUCUGAUAGUGGCUUAAAUGUCAAUUGUCAAGAGAGAAAGAUUAGUAACAUCUCUGAAAUUCAACCCAAACCCACCAACCCAAGAAAAUUUUAUCUGACAGGUAAUUACCUGCAAAUUGUUUAUAAAUCAGAUCUGCUUGAAUUUAGUUCAUUAGAUUUGCUACAUUUAGGAAAUAAUCGAAUAGCAAUGAUACAGGAAGGUGCAUUUUCCAACUUAACAAGUUUACGCAGACUGUACCUUAAUGGCAAUUACCUAGAAGUAUUAUAUCCUUCAUUGUUUGAUGGCUUGUACAGUUUGCAAUAUCUCUAUUUAGAGUACAAUGUUAUAAAGGACAUCAUGCCGCGCACAUUUGAUGCUUUGAGUAAUCUUCAACUACUAUUUCUCAACAACAAUUUGCUGAGGUCAUUGCCAGAUGGUGUAUUUGGAGGCACUGCCCUUACUCGACUGAAUCUAAGGAACAACCAUUUCUCAUAUUUGCCAGUCAAAGGAGUUCUUGACCAGCUUACUGCAUUUAUUCAGAUAGACCUCCAGGAAAACCCAUGGGAAUGCACAUGUGAUAUUUUAGGUUUGAAGAACUGGAUAGAACAGUCUAGUUCCACAGUGGUUGUACAGGAGGUAACAUGUGAAUCACCACUCAAACAUGCCGGGGAACAUUUAAGGUUCCUUCCCAAGGAUGCUAUCUGUCCUGAGAACCCUAAUAUGGCUGAUGCUACAGUACUGUCAUUUAAUUACAAAACUGACACCCCACACCCUUCCAGCAUUACUCCAAGUCCCUAUCCAGAAAUGCACACUGAGGUCCCUCUUUCUGUGCUGAUUUUGGGAUUGCUGGUAGUUUUCAUCUUGUCCGUCUGCUUUGGGGCAGGGCUAUUUGUCUUUGUUCUAAAAAGAAGAAAGGGAGUACAGAGUGUUCCUAGCAGCAGUGCAAACAAUUUAGAUAUAAGUUCCUUUCAGCUUCAGUAUGGGUCAUACAACCCAAACUCAAAUGAUAAAACAGAGGCUCACGUCUACAACUACAUCCCUCCACCUGUUGGGCAAAUGUGUCAAAACCCUAUCUACAUGCAAAAAGAAGGAGAUCCUGUUGCCUAUUACAGAAAUCUUCAAGAAUUUAGUUAUAGCAAACUAGACCACAAAAAGGAUGACCCAACUACUAUAGCUUAUACAAUAAGCACAACUGAACUGCUAGAAAAGUCACAAACUCAAGGAGAACCUGAGCUCCUCUACCAGAACAUUGCGGAAAGGGUAAAAGAAUUACCAAGCACCGGGGUAGUCCAUUAUAACUUUUGCACGUUGCCCAAAAGGCAACUCAUUCCUGCAUACGAGUCAAGGCGUCAAAACCAGGACAGGAUUAAUAAAACAGUUUUAUAUGGCACUCCCAGAAAAUAUUUUGCAGAACAAUCCAAACAAGAGCAUCUCUUGCUUCAAGGAAAACUGCAGUCAGAGCCAGAUUACCUUGAAGUUUUGGAAAAACAAACUGCAAUAAGUCAGCUGUAGGCAACACUGCAUAGCUCGAAGCCUGUUGUUUAUAUGAAGUGUCACAAACAAUUGUGCACACAACGAAUGGCUGGUGAAUCCAAUUUUACUAUAAAUUUUUUAAGCUACGCAGGUACCAUAUAGAUUUCAAUUGCAUUGGCAUUGGUGGACAACAUGUCUUUCCCCCUCUCCUUCCUCUCCAUUUUCUUUAAAUUAUUUUUGAAUUUUAUUUUCUAGGCUCAAUAUUUCAUGAUAUGAAUGUUCUAGUGUUUUUUUUUUUUUUUAUGAUUUUCCCUUUCCUUCUCAAAAAUGGGUGAAUAUUUUAUUUAGUGUUGCUAGGAUAUCUCAAUGAUCAAAAUGAAAUGGACAUUCUUUUAUAAUGUAAAUAAUACUUUAACAUUUAAAAUCAAUUACCAGCUGUAGCCACUGGGCGUCACUUUUUUCAGUUAAAGUGCCUUUGCACUUUAAAUAACCUAAUUGUUGCUUCUAGCUUUGAUACAUCGAACAUGUUUUAAUGUGCUGCAUUUUAGAAAAAAAAAUACCCAAAGUAAGAUAAGAGCUUAUAUCUUUAUUUGUAUUAAACAGAGACAAAACAUGAUUGAUUUUUACAAUUUAAGACAUUUUAAAGAUCUAUUUGGA